AUGGCUAGACAAGACUGUCAAGAUCUUCACAAAUUGGCGUACAAUAUGACACUGGCAAAAAUCAUAUCUUGCUACCUUAAAAUAAUGCGUAAAGCUAUUCAUAAAUUAAUACCUGAAUUAUACACCACAUGUACCAAACAUGCUAAGUACAGAUAUUGUAUGUCUGUUCCAACUAUAUGGUCCAAAGAAUCGAAGAAUAUUAUGAGAGAAGCUGCUAUCAUGACUGGUUCUAUUACAAGAUACAAUAAGCCAGAAAAAUUAUCGAUUGUUGAUGAAGCUGUGGCACCAUUUCUGUAUUCCGAGCGUAUGUAG